AGUCUCAUUGGCUUAAGGAAAUAUCUGCUUCCUUAAAGAGAACAGAGAAGCUGUACGGGAAACCUAUAUAAACUCAGCUAAUGUUAUAGACUGACACUCUUUCCCUCUAAUUUCAUUUGAACGUUCUUCUGCGCACUGUAAGUAUCCCAAGACAAAUUUAGACCUGCUGCAGGACCAGUGACUGAAUACAAAUUGUUUCCAUUAGAUUGAAGGCAGCGACACCCCCUCCUGCCACCCACAGGCAUCUUCACCUCCACAGGGGUCACCACAAAGAGACCAGCAAGAUGUCUGAGAAAAAGAUGACGUCCAGCCGUAGGCACCAUUUGAAGAGCUUGUUGCUUCAGAUCGCUCAUGGGCUUUUGGAGGAAGAGGCAGCGGAGGCAGAGCAAGAAAAACAGCAAUACAUGGAAGAGAACUGCCCUGCUCUCUCACUGCCUGGAAGCAUGCAGGAACUACAGGAACUGUGUAGGAAGUUGCACCAGCAGAUUGAUGCCAUUGAUGAACAAAGAUACGACAUGGAGACCAAAGUGGCCAAGUCAAAUAAGGAGAUUGAUGAUCUGAAGAUUAAGGUUCAGGACCUGAAAGGUAAAUUUAAGAAACCCGUUCUGAAGAAAGUGCGCAUGUCUGCUGAUGCCAUGCUGCAGGCCCUGCUGGGCUCCAAACACAAAGUGUCUCUGGACCUAAGAGCCAACCUCAAACAGGUCAAGAAAGAGGUCAAGGAGGAGGAGAAGGACGCAGUGGGAGACUGGCGUAAGAACAUCGAGGAUAAGUCCGGUAUGGAUGGCAGGAAGAAGAUGUUUGAGUCUGAGGCCUAAAUCUAUUUUUCUUCAACAUUUCCAUUCAGUGAUUUAUUUGGUUAGCUUGUCUUAAUUCUUGUGGUCGUCAGGGUUUUGAGAGAUAAAAGUGGUAAUGUUAUCUAUUGCAUGACAUUAUGUUACAGGUGGUAAAAGUAAUGUACCAUAUGAAGGAGGUUUUGAUGUAUGUGAUGGUUGGUUGUGCAGCUGAGGCUUUAAAUUGGUAAAAAAUGGCCCCUUGCAAUUAGACUGUAUAAAUUGACUUUGGUCAGUAAAACACAUUUAAAUACUCAAAACAGUAUUGAGAGGAGUUUGCUGUAAAAAUAAAAAUAAAAAUAAAAAUAAAAAUAAAGUACAAAUCAAA